AGUGAGAAUUCUUGGUAUAGAAUAGAAGAGCUAUUAGUUCCAUUGCGUAUUUCGGCUGUGCUAGUCUGACUUUCCAAUUGAAAGAAAAUUUCUGUUCUUUAUUGCAAUAUAAUUUAAUUCCAAAAAUUAACAAUGAGUGCUUUAGAUUUUCUGCUAUUCUUUGUUGCGGUGAUUUUUUUGGGAGUCUCUUUUGUGAAGCGUAGAUAUGGUUACUGGAAAGAACGAGGAGUCCCUUACAUACCGGCAACUUUUCCCAAGGGAAAUCUUCAAAAUCUCGGCAAGACUGUGCAUUUCUUUGAAUUGGCCAAGAAGUUCUAUUUCGAAAUGAAGGGCAAAGGAAAGCCUCUUGGUGGAAUUUUCCUAACUGUAAGACCGGUUGGUCUUGCUUUGGAUUUGGAUUUUGUGAAAACUAUGCUAGUCAAGGACUUCCAGUAUUUUCAUGAUCGCGGAUUCUAUGUCAAUGAACGAGAUGAUCCACUGACGGGUCAUCUACUUGCCAUUGAAGGUGAAAGAUGGAAGAAUCUCAGGUCCAAACUAUCCCCAACAUUCACCAGCGGCAAAAUGAAACUCAUGUUUCCCAUAAUGAUAAGCACCUCAGAUAAGCUCAUAAUGAGACUCAAUGAAGAUCUCACGAAGACUAAUAACAUAGAGCUUGGUGAUUAUCUAUCACGUUUCACAAUCGAUAUAAUUGGUAAUUGUGCUUUUGGACUUGAAUGCAACAGCCUCGACAACCCGGAUGCAGAAUUUUUGCGAAUGGGAAAGAAAGCUUUUGAUAAUUCUGAGGGAAGAGCUUUCAAGCGUCUCUUCAUCACUACCUUCAAGGGUUUGUCUAGACUUUUGCGUCUUCAGAUGACAAGGAAGGACAUCAGUGAUUUUUACACGAGAAUCGUCAAGGAAACAGUAGAAUAUAGAGAGAAGGAGGAUGUCAAGAGGGAUGAUUUCCUAAACCUCUUGAUUCAACUGAAGAACAAAGGAAAACUGGAUGACGAUCCUGGAAAAGAUAUUGGGAAAAUCACACUAAACCAGGUGAUUUCAAAUGCAUUUCUCUUCCUUCUGGCUGGAUUUGAGACUUCCUCAACAACAAUGAAAUUCUGUUUGCUGGAAUUAGCUCAGAAUAUUGAGAUACAGAAUCGUCUACGCCAAGAGAUAAGAGCGGUUCUUGAACGAUACGACAAUCAAAUCACAUAUGAAAGCUUAUCAGAAAUGAAGUAUUUGGAGCAGGUAAUAAAUGAGACCUUGAGGAAGCACCCAGUAGGUGGGGUCCUAACACGCACCGUCAGAGAGAACUACAAAAUUCCAAAGACCGAUGUGGUUCUGGAGAAAGGAACCCAAGUGUUUAUUCCGGUUUUGGGAAUACAUCAUGAUCCUGAAAUUUAUCCCGAUCCCCAAAAAUUCGACCCAGAACGCUUUAGUCCUGAAGCCAUAAGGGCUAGGCACCCCUAUGCUUUCCUGGCAUUCGGUGAAGGACCUCGUAAUUGCAUUGGAAUGAGAUUUGGCAUGAUGCAAACGAAGAUUGGAAUAAUUUGCACCCUGCUGAAUUACAAUUUAUCUCCAUGUGCUAAGACCAAGUAUCCCAUUGAGUAUGUGAAGUCCACUGGCCUCCUCUCACCUGCUGGGGAUUGCUGGUUGCAGGUGGAAAGGUGCUAAAUGCAGAAUGUGGCUGUUUUUACGACUGUGGUUUUCCAAUUAAAAGGUUUUUAUCUACUGUCGUGAAAAUUCAUGAGGAUUUUAAUGGUAUAAAUGUUGGCUCAAAUCCCAUGCUCAGCUCAGUUUGUUAAACUGACACUAAAAUUGUACAGAGAAAGUAGGAAGUUUUUAUUUUGGCAGUAAUAAAGUCUGUGAAUCAUGCCUUGUA